AGUAAACAUAAAAAAGGAGCGAACAGAAAAAGGGCGGUAAAAGAAUAUCUUGUAAAACAAAAAAAACACAACUAGUGAGAUGGCUUCAACUGGAUUUGUUGUUGGAUUUCUGGUUGCAGUCAUCGCUUUUUCUGUGCUCUCCAUCAUCCCCGACUCGGACCCACGGAUCGUCCGAUUGCAGUCCCGGGUCAACCUCCUCGCCUCCGAGCUUGCGGGUCUAUUUUCUCGCAAAAACGUUGCAGGAACGGCCAGCCAGGAGAGCAUCGACACAUGUGAGGACUCUGGAAAAUUGUUCACUGUGGAUUCUUUGAAGGCAUAUGACGGAAGCAGAAACAGCCUUGGACUGCACAUUGCCAUCAUGGGGAAGGUCUUCGAUGUCAGCAAGGGAACGAAGCACUACGGCCCAGGAGGGGGGUACAGCUUCUUCUCCGGGAGGGACGGGUCCAAGGCUUAUAUCUCUGGAGAUUUCUCUGAAGAAGGGCUAACGCCAGACGUGGAGGGGCUCACCCCUCAAGAUAUGAUCGGCCUUGAGGAUUGGGUCAAGUUCUUUAAUAAUGAAUACACUUAUGUGGGAAAACUGAUCGGUCACUUUUACGAUGAGAGGGGAGUGCCAACGCCCAACCUGAAGGCAGCACAGAAGUCCAUCGAAGAAGGGAGGAGACUCAAAGCCAAUGAUGCUGAGCAUAAGAAACAAUAUCCUCCAUGCAACUCGGAAUGGAAGCAAGCAACAGGUCUUAGGGUCUGGUGCUCAAAUAAAAGUGGGGGCAUUUCACGAGACUGGAUCGGCGUUCCUCGCAAGCUCUUCAACCCCAGUACCAACAAGCAGCGCUGUGCUUGCAUCAAAGAGUCCGAGCUCCACAACCCUCAUCUCCGUCUCUAUGACAACUGCCCUCUUCGGUCCGCAUCCUGCAAGGGAGAUACCUAAGAUGGAUGUCCUGAAAUCCGGCUUAGGUGAUGAGUUUGUAAACUGUAUUUUCAUUUAAAGCCCCACUGCACUACUUAUAGCUACUUGCGCCCUCUAUAUAGCAAGCA